AUGUUGUUACAAGUUGAUGGAGUGCCAAAAAUCAUUGAUAGCAAUUUCGAUACAAUGGAAAAUACAAACGCUCAGGGAAAAUCAUCGAGAAAAUUGUGGAUUCUAAUAGAUUCCAUCGAAACGACAACACUCUAUGAUUUGAUUAAUCAGCGACCCCUUUGUAUUCGAGAAAACUUAAUGAUUAGCUUGAAACUAGUUCAUUUGAUAAAACAGAUACACAGUCGAAAUGUGGUUCAUCGAAACAUCUCACCACAAAACAUUCUAAUCAAUUAUGAUAGUUCGAUGUCGCCCGAUCAAAUCCAUGUGGGUCUAAUCGACUUCGAUUUUGCUUGGAUCGAACAACCGAAUAAUGAUUCGUCAAAUUUGGAUCAAGUGAAAGAUCUCAUAGUCAAUAAUUUUUAUCGAGUACCUCAAUUCGCUAUACAAUCAUUGAAUACAAAUACUACCGAUAAAGAUAUUGAACAAAUAAACUCAGAUCAACGCAGCCGAACAAUUGAUACAAGUUUUAUUUGUGCGAUUCUUUUCUGGAUGAUCACAGGACGUGACCCGAAGUGUUCACGACAUGAAAAUGGACAAGCACCACAUCAACUGAACGGUGUCGAAGACAUAAUAUUUAUGAAAUCGAUUUCCGAAGCAGGCGAAUGUGUAACAAAAUCAUUCAUGGAACAUCUCAAACUUGUCUUCGAUCGUGGUUUUGCCAAUUGUAAACAACAAUGGCCACUCCUUGAACUCGAAUAUCAAAUUCGAUUUAUGCUCGAACUAAUAACACAUGGGAAAAGUUCAGUUGAUUCUUUACUAGCAUCAUCAACAAGGACAAUAUCAUCCAGUGUGUCAACCGAAUCAUUCAUUCGUUUCGUAUCGUUGAUUGAUAAAAUCAAAAAUGAAUUUGUGAAUCGAUAUGCAUCAGCUGAAUCCAUUCGUUGGCUCAAUGAUUAUAACUGGUCGGAUGAUAAUCAAACUGCCAGAAACUAUGAUACGCUCGUCAUUUGCCAAGAUCGUUUGCCGAUCAACUUUGAACUCACACGUAAUAGCGAUUGCAAAAAGUGUACACUCGAAUUUUAA